UGCGGGCUGUACCAUAAGUGCUGUUAUUCAGCCUGUAUUUGUCACAUAUUUGGAAAAUGAAAUACGCCGAAUUAUCCACGAACAUGUUCUUUUUGCUGUGUGCUAAUAGAAACACUGACAACUAUCAGUGAAUUUCUUUGAUAAUGAGGAAAUAUUAAAAACGUGCGGAUUCCUAUGCGAGUUCUGAAGCGCUCCAAAACAAAACACAUGACAUAGCUCACAGCAUAAAACCAUGGUAGUUUCUAACUCUGAGAAGAAACUGGUCAAAGAUUUUACAGCUGAGUGACUCAUCUUCUCACCGCUACAGGCGUCAGAUCCGGGUUAGGCCACGCCCCCUAGCUCCUACCUGUCGAGCAGUGUGAAAACUCCCAGCUCCCACCUGGAUGAACCCUGAGGACGAGAUGAGCCUGCCGGACUACAAAUCAGCGGACAAACAGUCUGCGGCUGCAGCUCCACUCUCUCCUGUGGUGCAGUUAAAUGUUGGCGGUCACCUGUUCAGCACCUCUCUGAACACACUGAGGAAACACCCCGACUCCAGGCUGGCCGAGCUGUUCGGCGGACACCCCAAACUACGGCCCGACGCACAGGGACGCUACUUCAUCGACCGCGACGGUUCGCACUUCGGAGCUGUCCUCGGCUUCCUGAGAUCAGAGCAGCUGCCCACAGAGAACAUCCAGGAGGUUCACAGGGAGGCGGUGUACUACAACAUCAAACCUCUCAUCAAACGUUUGGAGGAGACUCCUCAGCUGUUUGGAGAGCUGGUGGGACGGCAGCAGUUCCUCUCCAGAGUCCCCCACUAUAAAGAAAACAUCGAGGUGCUGAUUCGUAUCGCCAGAGCCGAGGCCAUCGCCGCCCGCCACUCCACCAUCAUGAUCUGUGUGCUGCGGACGGAGGAGGAUCUGGGUUUCUACGACAACGCCAUCAACAGCCUGGAGGCGGAUAAGGAAUCUGUGGUGACGUUCGGGCCCUGGAAGGCCGUCCCCUCCGUUAAAGACCUGCUGGACUGUGUAAAGAUGGACAUUGAGAGUCAGGGCUACAAGUGUGACACAGGAAAUGAAGUGAGUCUUGUAGAAGCAGCAGCAGCAGCGGAGACAAACAGAGCUGCUGCGGAGGUGAAGACACAAACAUGAAGAGCAUAAAAAACCUGAUGAGAGCUCUGCUGCUUCUAACAGGUAUGUGGUGCAAAAAUGAUGCUGUGUUCAUGUACAGCAAACCUGGAGGUGCUGCCGUCCUGCCGUGCACCAACAUGGAUUCCAUAGACUGCUCCCUCAUCUCCUGGACCUUCUGGUCUCCGGGAAAGGGUGGCCAGGUGCGGUACAC